AUGUGCGGCAAUUCCAAUACAAUACGGCCAAACGCAGCCUACUUCAACUGCACACAGCUGAACAAGUCUACCUUCAUGGUCACCGAGAACGAUAGAUAUGGCGAGGUUCCUCAAAUUUUCAUCAAAGUUUACCCUUCUACUAUCGUAGUUAUUGAUACUGGCUGCGGAGGAGAUGUAAAUGACACACGAGCCACUCUUGCAACCUUUCUGGAAACGGAGCCUGUUGUACACAAUGGCAAUGCACCCAUCAACCAGCAGAGGAAGCCGUAUACAGUCAUCAGAGGAAUGACCGACUUUGCUAAGAGGCCCAACUCAACAAUCUGGGCUAGUUCGCACAACAAGGCGUUUCUCAGUCCCGAUGCGCUUCCCAGAAAUUCCCUAUGCGACAACGUCGGCAUGGAAACUCCAAAAUACACCAUAACAAAUUGGAUUAGUGACGGCCAGACUAUCACCGACCAAAGCGGGCAAGAUCUCAACUUGACAGUGUAUCACACCCCUGGUCACACUCCAGACCAUGUGGCUAUUUGGGACCCAGAAGAGCGGCAUUUAUAUGUUGGCGAUACUCUAUACAGACAUGCUCCUGUAUUCUUCAUGUUUGGCGGCAGUGUUAUUGAUUAUAGCAAAACCAUUGACAAGUUGAACAAGCUGGUGGGCAAGUGGAAUCGGGAGUCAGGUGUGUAUAUUGGGUCGGACAAGAUAAAGAAGGUUUCGAGUACUGAUUUGGCCAAUCCAGUUAAAGAUAUCGCGCAGGAACAUCUGUCUCGCGUCAAAUUAUCCUGCGGUCACAUCACCAACAACGUAGAUGCUGGCGAAAUACUAGACGACGUGAGUACAUUUCUGCGUCGAGUUGUUAUCGGAGAGGCUCAGCCUGUACAUGGUGGCGAAAACUACGGCAUAAAGAGUGUUACAUAUACUUCCAAGGACGGUUCCUUGGGAUUUAGUGGAUUUGAGGCUGCAUUUGAGGAAUUUCUUGGUAAUGAUGGUGCGACUGAAGCUGUUCGGCAACGAAUCCACGUUGGUGAAAGAUUAGUUGCUGCUAUUAUUUGUGUCAAAAGGGUAUAUACAAGACCAAAGGUUUGUCAAGAUAUAGGGUUCGUCUUGGCACUUGAUGUCUACCCCGCGAUGUAUCACCCAGAACUGGUGACGAGGGAGGAAACGACAUCGGUACAAGGACAUUACAGUUUCCAAAAUUCAAACAUCCUUCGACUAAAUGACACUCUAAUUAGCUGGGAAAACUAA